AUGCACGGGCUGAAGACGUUGGACUCGUGGCGGCAUGAAAGAAGCUCGGUGGAGUCUUCGGUCAGCAAGGCUUCACGAAAAUUGAAGCCGCGUGGAGCUCGGGUCUUUGUGGGCAGAAGGCGCAAGAAGAUAGUGGAGAAACAGGCGGUCUUGACUUCGUGCGGUGAGGAUCUUCAGUCAACGACGGGGCUUCUUCUGGUUUCGUUGUUGACCGAGCGUGAGCUGGCUGAAGACACGAAGCGGUGGAGAAUUCGGCGUAUGCUGAGCUUCUCGGGCAGUUUGGUGGACGCUCGGCAGAAGACACGGAUGGAGGCAGUUCGCUGGCAGCAGGGAGUCAACCAAGGAGCUUCGGUGGACGCUGGGUUGCAAUCGUUUACGGGGCAGAGAAGUGGAGUAGCUGGGGUCUUCAUUGGAAAUCUCAUCUUCAUAUAUGAGGAUCGCGAAAUGAGCCGUAAAUAUUUCGGCAAUGUUUCUGCAAUAGAUGCAUUGAGGGUGAUCUCGGUUGAACUCAACUUCAUUUAUGAAGUGCUCUACACAAAAGCGUUGGCAAUAUAUUCCUUGUGGGGCUACAUUUUCCGCUUCAUAGCCUUCACUAGCAUUGUGUUGGCUUUUGUUGUGUUCAAUCGCUUGAAGAAGCAUGGGCUCUCCAAACUCGAUGUGGAAAUUACUUAUUCCCUUCUUUUUGGAGGGAUUGCUCUUGAAGUGAUAGCUCUAUUCAUGCUUGUUUUCUCCGAUUGGACUGUUGCUGGAAUCAAGCGGUACAACACAGGAUCAUCUAAACUAGAUUCAUUUCUCCAUAAGUUGGUAUCUGCCACAGAUGACCUAAGGAAGCCUCGCUUCAUCAUGGGUGGAGUAGAGCGUAACAUCAAUGCUGCUUACAUGGUCUUAGACACACCAUUUAUAUUUCGAAGGUGGUCGGAAUCCAUCUCUGCUUGCAACCUUUGCUCUGAGACCUUGAAGGAGAGUCCGAGAAAGAUGUAUAAGUAUCAUCGUUGCUCUAGCAAUUUUCGACUCUGUGAAAAGAUCAUCUCUUGUCUCCAUCAAGCUAGUAAGCAAAUUGUUGGAGGCUAUGGUCUGAGGAAAAAUCUAAUGAUUACAAAUACGAAGUACGUGUCCAACAAUCCAUUUAUUAAGAAGUUAUGGAUCUAUAUUUUCAAGGAGGUGAAACGCAAAUCCACUAAUGCAAAUAAUCUGAGAGAGGUGAGGAAGAUAUUUGAGGCUCGAGGUGAUUUGUUUCUCUAUAGUAGCCCGGUGGGGAUAGAGUGCCACCAUCUUUUGCCAUAUGUCGCCCAGGCUAAUUAUGACACUUCUAUAAUAAUGUGGCAUCUUGCUACUGAAAUGUUGUACAACAAAGAUUCCAUAGCUGAAAACGAUGAAAGGGAAUUCAGUAAGAUCAUCUCCGACUAUAUGAUGUAUCUUUUCUUUAAUCAGCCUAAGGUGGUGUCCAAUGUGGGGGGCAUUGCCCAAAUUACAUCAGCGGAAUUAUUGAACCAGCUACGGCCCCAUGCCAAUGGCGCGACCAGGGAUGUGGAGGGGCUAUGUAGGAGAUUGUCAAGAAACUUCGAAGCGGGAAAUUUGGCCCAAGAGAUGGAAAGGCUUGGGGAUAUGAAGUGGAAGGUGAUAAGCGGAGUGUGGGUUGAGAUGUUAUCAUAUGCAGCAAGUCAUAUAAAGGGAGAGGCACAUGCACAGAUGCUAAGCAAAGGUGGGGAGCUUCUAACCUUUGUUUGGCUAUUGAUGGCUCAUUUUGGCUGUCUAUAUAUACCUGAAUGGGGCAUGCAUUAUGAACGCCUGGGGGAAUGGACCAAUUGGUCUCGCUUCUGA